AUGACAAAGCUACAUACUUAUUAUGUCAGUAAUGCUUUCUCUAAAAUAAGUUAUAUUUAUUCAGAUCUUACUGAUGAUGAAUUUUAUAAAGCAGUUAAUGAUAGAGAUGAUAAUCUUACCAUAGAUAAUGAAGAAAUUCUUAAAUAUGGUAGCAAGUCAGUAAUGGAAAAUUAUUUUAAUUUUGAUAACCAAAAUUUGCAAAAAGCAUUAGAAGUAGAAGUAAGAGUAGUUAUUGAACAGAAAAUAACUAAUUAUGAUCACAAAGAAAAGAAUUAUAAUAGUGAUGCAUUAUUAAAUGCUAAUUUUAAUAAGUAA